UGACAACUUCCUUUACCUUUACUGUGGAGCUGUGUGCCUCAAGCCUUUUCUCUGCGAUGAAAAAACACAUAUUCUUUGUACAGAAGGGAUCCAAGCCGUAAAACUGGUGCCUGGAGAAGCAUUUUACUCACUAUCACAUCAUCUAAAGCUCUUACUGUGAACUACCUGCUUCUGUUCCUCUUUCACAAAGGUGUGCACUCCGAUCUUGCUGCAGGCUAUCAGUACUCUGACCUCUGUCUACAGGGGAAUUACUGUGGAACUACAUCAGAUGUUGUACCACACUUCCAACACUAAUCACUCCUAAACCCAUACAUCCAGUGAACAUCCUGCAGCAGGCGAGAGGAUCUCAGAGGGAGUUUUAUCAAGAACAGCACCAUUUGAAAACAACAGAUACAUCUGUCAAGGAUUUACUUGAACCUGAAGUCCACAACAUGAAAUAAAUAUUAUAUGAGACUGCAGUCCCAAGGUUUCCAUUGAAUUAAACCAACUAAGCGAUAUGGAUACAGUAUCUGUGAACACUUCCCUGUUCCCUGGCAGUCAGAGCAUCAGUACAGAUUCUCCCAAUAUGUCCAUGCGAUCUGUGGGCUUUACCAAUGAUACGGACUCGUUCCGCAGCAGCACACUUUUACACUGGAACUUUUUCCUGGCUGCCAACUACAUCAGUGUGGUGGAGAAAUGCAUGGGCUCAAUGCAGACUGGCACUCAGAUGGUGAAACUACGAGGAGGAUCUAAAGGUCUGGUGCGAUUCUUCUACUUGGACGAACACAAGUCCUGCAUCCGCUGGAGGCCCUCUAGAAAGAACGAGAAAGCCAAAAUCUCGAUUGACUCUAUUCGGGAAGUGUGUGAGGGGAAGCAGUCAGAGAUUUUCCAGCGAUAUGCCGACGGCAGCUUUGACCCCAACUGCUGUUUCAGCAUCUACUAUGGCGAGCACAUGGAGUCUCUUGACCUGGUGUCAGGUACAGGAGAAGAAGCUCGCACCUGGAUUACUGGCCUUAAGUACCUUAUGGCAGGAAUCAGCGAUGAAGACAGUCUGGCCAAACGACAACGCACUCGUGACCAAUGGCUAAAGCAGACCUUCGUGGAGGCUGAUAAGAAUGGAGAUGGCUGCCUCAGCAUCAGUGAAGUCCUGCAGCUUCUGCACAAGCUUAACGUUAACCUGCCCAGACAGAAGGUCAAGCAGAUGUUUAAGGAGGCAGAUACUGAUGAUAACCAGGGCACUCUGGGUUUCGAGGAGUUCUGCUCUUUCUAUAAGAUGAUGUCAACACGACGAGACCUGUACCUGCUGAUGCUUACCUACAGCAAUCAUAAAGACCACCUGGAUACAGAUGACCUCAUCCGCUUCCUAGAGACCGAACAAAAGAUGACCAACGUGACAAAAGAGCACUGCCUCGAAGUUGUGUCCAAGUUUGAGCCUUGUCCUGAAAACCAGACACAGGGCGUUCUGGGCAUUGAUGGUUUUACAACUUACAUGCGCAGUCCUGCAGGGGAUAUCUUCAACCCUGAGCACUAUGAGGUGAAUCAAGAUAUGACUCAACCCCUAAGCAGCUACUACAUCGCUUCCUCACACAACACGUACUUGAUGGGUGACCAGCUCAUGUCUCAGUCACGGGUGGAUAUGUACGCCUGGGUUCUGCAGGCCGGCUGUAGAUGUGUGGAAGUGGACUGCUGGGAUGGACAGGAUGGAGAACCAAUCGUACAUCAUGGCUACACACUGACCUCCAAAAUCCUCUUUAAAGAUGUCAUUGAGACCAUCAACAAAUAUGCAUUCAUCAAAAACCAGUAUCCAGUGAUUCUGUCCAUCGAGAAUCACUGCAGUGUCCCACAACAGAAGAAGAUGGCUCAGUAUCUGACUGAAGUGUUGGGUGAUAAACUGGACGUGUCCUCCAUCCCCACAGACGAGUCUGGACUUCUGCCUUCACCCGAGGCCCUGAAAGGCAAAAUUCUCAUAAAGGGUAAAAAACUGCCUCCAAACAUAGAUGAGAAUGCGGAGGAGGGGGACGUGUCAGAUGAAGAUAGUGCAGAUGAGAUGGAAGACGACUGUAAGCUCAUGAACGGAGAUACAUCUAUGAACAGGAAACAGGCCGAAAAUGUUGCAAAGAAAAAGUUGGACAAUCUCAUGAAGGAGUCAAAGAUUCGUGACCGAGAAGAUCCAGACAGCUUCACCAUCACUGCAUUGCCGUCCACAGGAAAACCUCUUGAUAAGUCGGCGUUGAAGGGAAAACAGGAAGAUGGCACUGACACUGGAGAUGAGGCCAACAUUGGAGGCAACAAGCGUCUGGCCCGAUCUUUCAUGGGAAGCUUCUCCAAACGCAAGAAAAAGACAAGCAAAAUAAGAAAAUCCUCCAGUUUUGAGGACACAGACACCGAUCAGGAGAGCUCGGGUGGGGCGUCUAAAGGCCCCCCGCAUCACAGCAGAAAGAAAAGGACCAUGAAGUUGUCACGAGCACUCUCAGAUCUGGUCUACACUAAAUCUGUGGGCAUGACGGACUUUGAGGCACAAGUGGGCAGCUGCAGUUGGCAGGUGUCGUCAAUGAGCGAGACCAAAGCCCAUCAGCUCAUGCAGCAGAAGCCUGUGCAGUUCAUGCGAUUCAACCAGCGACAGCUCUCGCGUAUAUACCCCUCCCCGUACCGUGUGGACUCGAGCAACUUCAACCCGCAACCCUUCUGGAACGCUGGCUGCCAUCUGGUGGCUUUGAACUACCAGUCGGAGGGCCGAGUACUGCAGCUCAACCGAGCCAAGUUUUACUGCAACGGCAACUGUGGCUACAUCCAGAAACCUCUCUGCAUGUGUGAAGGUUCCUUCAAUCCAGUAGCUGAGGAUCCAUUACCCGGCCGCUUGAAGAAACAGCUGAUUCUUAAGAUCAUCAGUGGUCAGCAGUUACCUAAACCCAAAGACUCCAUGCUGGGCGACCGAGGAGAGAUCAUUGACCCAUUUGUGGAAGUUGAGAUCAUCGGUUUACCAGUCGACUGCUGCAAGGAGCAAACCAGAGUGGUUGAUGACAAUGGAUUUAAUCCAAUGUGGGAAGAGACUCUUGUCUUCACUCUUCACAUGCCAGAGAUUGCUCUUGUACGCUUCCUUGUUUGGGAUCACGACCCAAUUGGACAGGAUUUUAUUGGCCAGAGGACCAUUGCCUUUAACAGCAUGAUCCCUGGUUAUCGGCAUGUGUAUUUGGAAGGCAUGGAGGAAGCUUCCAUCUUUGUUCAUGUUGCAGUUAAUGACAUCACUAGUAAGGUGCGAGCAGUCAGUGGUAUAAAAGGACUGUUUCACAGAAACCCAAAGCAGGCAUCUCUCGACAGCCAUGCUGCUGCUCUGCUCAGCCGUAAGCCCACCUUCGGUGCUCACCUCUUGCGCCGCACAGCCAGUGUGCCCACCAAGGGCCAACCCAAAGUCAAGAGGGACUUCCCUGAGAUCUCCAUUGACACAAAAGACUGCAGCUCGGAGGGCGCCAGUGAGGAGCAUGAAUCAGAAGCUGGGCCACUGGUCCACCACAAUGGAGACACAGCGUCGGCAAAAUUUUGGGGUCACGGCACCAACGGGCAGCUUCAUCCUGAUGACAGUAAAGAACAUUCUGAAGUGCAGAGUCCAAUUCCUUCACUGAACGCCUCAUGUCUGGAAUCCAUUAAUGAGGAAAUUCCGGAGAAUAACCCUUUGACCUCCACACAUAGUCCUGUGGAUACCUCGUCACAUUGUCCCAGUCACUCCACUAUGUUGUCUUCACCAUCCACAGCAAUAACAACUUCUUCCAAUGUUAGCUCUUUGAAAAACAAUGAGGCCAUUCUAAAACCAUCAGCGCUAGCCCAGUGUGUCAGUCCAUAUAGCAGUGGUGGCAAAGAUUUGGGGAACAGCCACAUCAACUCUUCACUCUCCAUGAAUUACCUUGACAUUGGAUGUGAUACACCCCCUCCACCUGACCGGGCAGAUGCUGAGAUUGUGAUAAACACAACCAUUGAACCCAACAUUGCUGAAAUAAAUUCAAGAAAGAUUCUAAAGAUAGACACUGUAAAAGAAACAGCCAUCGUUCAGAGCUCUCAGAGGGUUGAGGUGUUGAAGGCUGUGUUUGACCGAGACAUUGGACAAAGCUCCUCACAAGGGCUGAGAACUCCAGUCAGGAGGACCAAAAGUGAAGGACAAAUGAAGGUAGUGAAUAAAGUGGACAACCCGUCUGCAGUCCCUGAGGUCUCUAUCGACGCCACCCUGAACGACAGGCUCUGGAGCAAACUCGACCCCAGCAGCCAUAGGGACAGUGUAUCAUCGUCUUCCAGCAUUUCCUCCAAUGACACUGUGAUUGACUUGUCCUUGCCCAACCUUUCCAGGAAGAGCCUUACCUUCCUCAGUGCAACCCGGGACUACUCGGACAACCAAGUGCCGAUGGCCAACAGGAGCAGCCAACCUAGGUCUACUGUUGUGCCACGCAACGUCCCAAGGGUCAGCAAGAGUAAGUCCAACCCCAACCUCCGGGAUGGUGAAAUGUGUGAGCCAGAGGACGAGUUACAUCCCAGGCCUCUGGUGACAGAGAAAGAUGCCAACCGGCUCAUGCAGAGACGCCACACGUGGAGCCGGUUGUACAUGGAGGGCUUAAUGCAGUCAUCGACCCUCGCUUCUGCUGGCUCCAAGAGGUCAACCACCCCCUUAGCAAAAGACAUUGACAGCAGCUCCAAAUCCAAGAGUCUUGGAGAUCUCACUUCAGAUGAUAUUGUCUCUAACUUUGAGAGCAAGUACCGCAGCAUUAGCCGCAGUUUCAUUGUGAGGCCCAGUCGCCAACGAGGGCAACUUCAAAAGAAACCACAGAAUGACCUAACAGAGCAGCUCAAGAAGCUCACUGAUGUGGAGCCCCUCACCAGCAAAGACUUUGCUCAAUGCAGGAGUGAGGCUGAGGUGGGACAGGAUGAGGAGAAGACACCCCCUUUGCGUAGAAGCUCCUCGCGGAGCCAAAGCCGGGUGAGAUACAUCGCUAACCGUGCAAGGCAAGCCCAGGAGAGGCAGCGGCUGCAAAGCCUCAUAACGACUGGCAGCCCCAUCGAAGAGCGUGGCAAUCCAGAAGGAGCUUGUAGUGUACCCCACAGUCCCUGUUCUAGUUUGGACCUCCUAAGCCAGCUUCCUCCAGGACCGCCCCAACAAAGCCCGCUGAGCCCAGACAAUGAGGUCUUCUUCAUGCUCAAGCUGUGAAAGGACAAGAGUGUGUUGAGUGUUUUGUGGGUAGCUAACAAACACAAAAUCCAAACACAAUCAUCCAUCACCAUUCAUUAAAGAUAUUUCAUUGUAAAACCAAUGCUGACAUGUCUUAAGUGCACCUACUGUAAUACGCCUUCCAUUUUAGCUUGAUAGAAUAAGUUGCACAUCUAUAUUUUUUUUUUUUAUAUCCAUUGCUGACCUACUCCCAACCAUGAAUAAUGAGCAGUCAAAGGAGAUGAAGCUUUAAACUUUUGGAUGCAAUGGUUUGCUAGUUUGUACAGAUUAUUUGUAAAUGAGCAUGUACUUGUUGAAAAAAGCCAAAGUUGCAAGACCAUAGGAGUUUUUUGCAUUAGUGUAUUAAAAAUAUGUUUGCACCUAAUUUAGAAUAAAAUACAAAACUGAAAUGUUCUAAAAUUAGACUAUGCCAGUGGCAUCUGCGGUACUGUAAUAUGAGAAGUAUUUUUUAUUUUUUUUCAAAGAACACCAUGUCUUAACCAGGUGCAAAACUUUUAUGUAAUUCUGAGUUUUUGUCCUAACAAACUCGCAACUGUGACUAAUGAAAGGACAUUUUUCAGCCAUUUGUUGUCUGUUUCUGUGGCAUCGCGCUAGGUAGUCUUGCCCACAAUGAAAUUUCAUUAGUCCAAACCUCACUCCACAUAACUGUAUAUUAAACUUCAAAUGUGUUCUGAUUACCUCUGAAUGUGUCGUUUCACACAGCAUUUUCAUUUUAAAUGUUGAUGGACAAAAUUACUACAGUCACUGGAAAAUUUGUUGUACUGUCAUACUUGGUUAGGACAUGGUGGAUGGUGCAAUUAUCAAUUGCAGCAAUAGAUAAUAAAAUGCACAUUGAGUUGUUAGCACUACUGAUUAACCCCAAUUAAAAAUAAUUCCCUGAAUUUACAUAUUUAUUAGUUUGCAGCCAAAUACAAAUGCAUUGUGUCUUUACUGUUAAUUGUAUGAGAACAAUUUUGUAACCAAGCAUGGAAUGUCACAAUAAUUUAUUGUCCAUUGAAAUUACUUUUUUUAUAUAUUAUUUUUUAAAUAGUUUUAGUGAAAUUAAUGACUGCUAUUUUAUAUUGUUUUAGUUUUAACUUACAGUUAAAUUGCAUCUUACAGUAUGAACUAAACAAUUAGCUCCUGAUGUUUCGAAGUGUACUCAGUAAAAUCUUCACAUUAUGUACAGUAUUCGACCUUUUGAAUUUUACUGUAUGUCACUUGAUGUUAUUAUUUCACCUAUAGUCUACUGUAUUCUUAAGUUUGAAAGGUUUUAUGAUUUAUAAAUGUACAGUCUAUUGGAGUCUUGGUGUGAAGAGUUAUGUAGAUGUUAUUCAAUGUCAAUGCCCUUAUACCUUUUAUUAAUUUUUUAAAUAAUACUACUCAAUUAGAGGGAAAUACAUUUUUACCAAGUACAGUAUAUCUUUCUCUUUUCUUGCUGUAUUAUUUGUGCUGGUACAAGUUAACCAGGGCCAGACUUCCACACGGGCUGGGCCCUGAUUUGUAGGGGGGCCCCAAACAGUGUAUGUGAGAAGUGAGGAGUGGAAGCGGAGUGGGAGCAUGAUUUUGCCUUGAGAGAAGCACAGUUUUUCUGAAAGUCAGAGCAUCAGACUGUUUUCUCUUGCUCAAAGACCGCUCCAAUAUCGCUCCGUCACAAGCAUAAAGUCAUCAUAAUUGACCGGUCAGAAAGAACGUUGGAUUGUCAAAUAUUUUAAAGGGGUCAUGAAAUUAAUUUUGUUUAUAAUUGUAUUAUCUUCCCUGAGGUCCACUGAUAACGUUAUGAAAGAUUUUUCUGCACCAAAACAGUCAUAAUGUAGUAAUAUAUGAUCAUUGUCACCCC